AUCGGAGCCAAACUCGCUGCGCGGCCUUGCGCGUCCUGGGAGGAAGGGACGCGGAGACACUUGCAGACGACUCGAAGCAGAAGUUGCCCCUGUCGAGUCGCACAGAGUCUGUCAUGGAAGCGACGCCCCCCUGGGUCAGGUCUCCCCUCAGGUGCCCGCCGAGCGCGCGCUCGCGGCUGGAUGAGGGCGGGAGCGGGCGCCGAGCCGCGAAUGAAAGCGGCCAGAUGAGCGGCGAGGGCGACUACAACUUCAGGCGGGUGGCGAUUCGGCGGAAGUCCAACCCCUCCUACCUGGCGCUCGGGACCCCGCGGCCCUGGAGUCGGCCCUCGUCGCACCUGGCUUGGGCCGAGUCGGCCACGUCCAGGGGCCAGGCCUCGGCAGACGCCCCAGGCAGCAGUAUCUGUCCAAAGAUCCCUAUAGUUCCACCUUGCUUGAAAAGCAGCACAACCACACUGAUUGAUCAGAAUGCAUCUGAUGAAGAGGCUCAGGGAAUAAAUGGGAAAACGCCAGCAAAACACUUAGCUGCAAGUCCAAAGCCACAAGUGCCUCCAAAGCCACUACACCUGCAGAAUUUACCUUCGACCAGUAUACACCAAACUCCUAGGCAUAAAGCUUUAUCUAGUGCAAAACCAAGGAUGGAGGAAGUUAAACCUGCCUCUGCUUGUGUCUCAAAGGAAAAACCCAGUAAGAUAUCAGAUCUCAUCAGUCGCUUUGAAGGAGGCAGCACUUUAUCAAAUUACAGCGAUUUGAAAAAAGAUUCUGCUGUGAACCUAAAUGCUCCUAGAACCCCAGGAAGGCAUGGAUUGACAGCCACACCUCAGCAGAAACUCUCCCAGCACUCACCACAGAAGCAGGGAAAUGGUACAGAUCAAUCUCAGGGUGAACAGACUUGUGUGGCUAAUGGAAUGGUAGCAGCACAAAACCAGGCGGAAUGUGAGGAGGACAAGGCGGCCACUCUUAGCCCAGAUACUCCUAUUCAAACUUCUGAACCCUUGCCCAAUACAAGCUUAGUGAAUGGAGAAAAACAAGAAACAACCACAGGCCCUGCAUCACCCACAACAAAUAGCUGUCAUGAAGAUGCUUCUGACAGUAGCUGCAGGACUUUACGUGCCAGCCCUGUGCUCCCCCUGGAAGAGGAAAGGACAGACACAGAAGCCAAGGUACAAGAGAGGGAAGGUGAAGAAAGCCCUCUAGAACUGGAACAGCUGGACCAGCACCAUGAGAUGAAGGAGACUGAUGAACAAAAACUUCACAAAAUAGCCAAUGAACUUUUGCUUACAGAAAGAGCUUAUGUCAGCCGACUUGAACUCUUAGAUCAGGUAUUUUAUUGCAAGCUAUCGGAAGAAGCAAAUCGAGGUUCAUUUUCAGCAGAGCUGGUGAAUAAAAUCUUUUCUAAUAUUUCAUCAAUAAAUGCCUUCCAUAGUCAAUUCCUAUUGCCAGAGCUGGAGAAAAGAAUGCAAGAAUGGGAAACUACCCCUAGAAUUGGUGACAUCCUUCAGAAAUUAGCACCAUUCCUUAAGAUGUAUGGAGAAUACGUGAAGGGAUUCGAUAACGCAAUGGAAUUGGUUAAAAACAUGACAGAGCGUAUUCCCCAGUUCAAAUCAGUAGUUGAAGAAAUUCAGAAACAGAAGAUCUGUGGGAGCUUGACUUUGCAGCAUCACAUGCUAGAACCUGUUCAGCGCAUUCCCCGGUAUGAGAUGCUCCUUAAGGACUACCUAAGGAAAUUGCCCCCUGAUUCUCCGGACUGGAAUGAUGCUAAAAAAUCACUUGAAAUUAUAUCUACAGCAGCAAGCCAUUCUAAUAGUGCAAUAAGAAAAAUGGAAAACCUAAAGAAACUCUUAGAGAUUUAUGAAAUGUUGGGAGAAGAAGAAGACAUUGUAAAUCCUUCAAAUGAAUUAAUAAAAGAUGGACAGAUCCUCAAACUAGCUGCUCGAAACACAUCAGCACAAGAACGCUACCUUUUCUUAUUCAACAACAUGUUGUUAUACUGUGUGCCAAAAUUCAGCUUGGUGGGCUCUAAGUUCACUGUUCGAACCAGGGUAGGCAUCGAUGGAAUGAAAAUUAUAGAGACUCACAAUGAGGAAUAUCCACACACUUUCCAGAUAUCUGGGAAAGAGAGAACACUGGAACUGCAAGCCAGUUCUGAGCAAGACAAAGAAGAAUGGAUCAAGGCACUUCAAGAGACUAUUGAUGCUUUCCAUCAGAGGCAUGAAACUUUCAGAAAUGCAAUUGCCAAGGAUAAUGAGAUUCACUCAGAGGUUUCUACUGCUGAGCUAGGCAAAAGAGCUCCAAAAUGGAUCCGAGAUAAUGAAGUUACAAUGUGUAUGAAAUGCAAGGAAUCUUUUAAUGCCCUGACAAGAAGAAGGCAUCAUUGUCGAGCAUGUGGACAUGUGGUUUGUUGGAAGUGUUCUGAUUAUAAAGCUCAACUUGAGUAUGAUGGUGGUAAAUUGAGCAAAGUCUGUAAAGACUGUUAUCAAAUAAUAAGUGGAUUCACAGACAGUGAAGAAAAGAAAAGAAAAGGAAUUUUAGAGAUUGAAUCAGCAGAAGUAUCUGGAAACAGUGUGGUGUGCAGCUUUCUUCAGUAUAUGGAAAAGUCAAAACCUUGGCAGAAAGCUUGGUGUGUGAUCCCCAAACAAGACCCUCUCGUGCUGUACAUGUAUGGUGCCCCCCAGGAUGUCAGAGCCCAAGCCACCAUUCCACUCCUGGGCUAUGUUGUGGACGACGUGCCAAGGAGUGCAGACCUGCCACACAGUUUCAAACUGACCCAGUCUAAGUCUGUGCACAGCUUUGCUGCAGACAGUGAGGAACUGAAACAGAAGUGGCUGAAAAUCAUCUUUUUAGCUGUCACAGGUGAGACGCCAGAAUGUCCUAGCCAGCAUCCAGACACUUUGGACGAUCAUCUUGAACCUAAGAGAAAAUCAGAAUGCCAAGUUCCAAGACCUACCACGGUGUAGGGCGUGUCUCAAGAUUUAUAGCUCACGAUAUUCUCAGCUCUCCUUAUUCAUCUCUUAGCACUUUAUGUUGAAAAAUUUUAAAGGCUCAUAAAUGCAUCUUUUGGGGGACUGUUUUUAUGUGCUCAGUGAAAUUAAUGUGCACAGCCAUUCUACCCAUAAAGUUUGAAAUAAUGUGAAAAGUGGAGCAUUUUUUUAAUGAGCUAUUCCUUGAAUUUGUACUUUUGUCUUGGAAAAAAGUGGUAUAAAUUAAUUCUAUCACUUUAGGUUAGAGAAGUCUUCUUUCAUUUAAGAAAUCCUUUAAUGUCUUUACUUACACAUGUAGGCUUUAUAACAGUUUGAAAGAUAUACCUCCGUGUUGCCAAAAUAGAUCCACAGUAAAAAUAAAAAAAGAAAACAACAAUACAGGGACAAUUUAGGCUAUUGUAUUAACUUAUUUAAGUUAGUUUAUAAAACAAGCUGCAUAAAUGAUGUACAUUCUUUUAAAGCAAAAGAAAAAAAACACAUUGUUGGUACUCAAGAUAAUACUUGUGUUUGUAGAAAUACUUCUAAGAAUAAAAUGUCUUAAGUAUAUAGCAAUUAUGUACAUAUAGUAUUAAAUACAAAUAUAUAUAUACACACUAUCCACACUUUUCAGGUUAGGUUCAUAUUUGUCUCUAAUUUAUUUUUAAAUAUACAGCAUGUUUUAUCUCGGAACUGAGCAGUGUUCUAAACUUAUGAGAUGUUUUUGCUGACUUACAUUUAACUGAUUAACAUCUAAGGGUAUUGAUAUUUUUAUAAUAAAAAGCUGUAAUUUAUGUGGCAUGGGAUAUAUUAGUGAGUUCCAACAGUAUUUUUAAAGUACUAUUUUUCUUUGUUCUGUGCCUAUUUAAAACAGUGCCUCUCUUUGAAGGUGCUAAUAAUACUGAGUUAAAUAUAAGAUGAGGGUUUAAUUAAUGCUUCAGUCUUGAUUACUCUGAGAUAAAGUGCAUUUUGGUCACUGGGAUGAUCAAGUCAUACAGAUUAUUUUACCUUUUACCGUCCUCUAAUUGUUGUGGCAGUUAACAUCAGCAUGUACAAGAUUCCUGACCUUACGUUGAACUGGGACAUAUGGCAACUACAUUUAUUGUUAUGUUUUCCUUUCCCUUAAGACUGUUUAUUUUGGUUAAAUGAGGACUAUAUAUAGUUAACACUUAAGAUAACUGUGUGGGCUUAUUCCUUUGUCAGAUAAAAAAAAAAUUCACAUGUGAUAAUCUAUGAUUAAGGGUAAAGGAUAGGUAAUUAAGACAGUUUAUGCUUAACUUUUUAAACCACCUCACUAAAGAACAGUGGGGGAGAAAAUACAAUAUAGAAAAAAUAGUAUUUUAAUGGCAGGUUUUGGGGGGUACAGUAUGAUUGAUGAAAAUUUGAGCAUUUUCUCCCCUUUUAUCCUCUGGGGAAUUUUAAUAAACAAGUUUAAUAUUAAUAGAUUCCUUGUCACAAAGGCCGUUCUUUAUUAUAUUGUAGUUGUGAUUAAAAUCUCACAUUGUUGGAUAUUUAAGUUAAUCCUUUCUCAAACUUAGAUCUGUCUCUUGUUUUAUCUACCCUUACUCUAUCAUGUUCUAAACAUUGUCAUUUUUUAAAUUCAUCUGUUUGCUAGAAAUCCACAAGAAUGAUCCUACUAUCCUUUGGGGAUUACACCUUAAAGGUAGAUCAGAUUUCACUCAGAAUUUGAGAUUGCCACACAUUUUAUUCAGGCCCUGUGUUUUAAAGAGAUAUAUGAAGUAUCAGUAUCUCUUUUUUCCCCCCGCAUCCCUAAGGAGAAGCUAAACUAAUUAUAGUGGGCAUGAUUAGAUUGCCUUCUUCUGAAAAAGGAAUACCAGCCAUUAUCAUCAACAUUAAGCCAAAUACUUGGAGCCAAAAAAAGAUAAAGGUAGCUUCUUAGGCCCUAUUAAAUUAAGGACAAAUUUAAAAUAUUUUACAUUGUUUCUCUUUUCUAGUUGCCAGGCAUGGAUGUAUUUGUGUAUGUACUGUUUAGGGGUGACUAUUGAGAAGGUUAUAAUAUGGCUGUAGGUGAUGCUUUGAUUUUCUUAAUCUCAAGAAAAGAGAAGCAGUAAAAAUGUAGAAUGAUUAUCAGGAGAAGGUGACUUUUGUAAUGAGUAUAGCAAAAUGGAAAUGUAAGGGCCAGUUAGAAGAUUUACAAGUCAAAUUAUUUUUGAAAACUAUUUUGAAGAGCAAGAUUACAUUUUUCCUACAAAUAAGUCCUCCUGGAAUGGAAAUAACAUGAACACAUUGAAGUUUUGGCUCAGUAAAUAUCAGAUAUUAUUUAAUGUAGAUUAUUGAAAGAAGACUCAUGUAAAGAGAAUGUUUAUUAUCAUGCUCUUAACAUUAUCUUUAAUUUUUUUCAAAAAAAUUAGAAAUGUUAGUAUCAGAAGAAAAUUUCUGCUUAUCCAAUCACCGUCUUCACAUUCCACAUGUUCUUUUGUCAGGCACAAAGAGAAGCAAUGAAGCAGCUUUGUUUUCACUAAUGCUUUUACUUGGAGAAAGGCAAAGGAAUACUUUCAGCCAUUUAGAAACACUCAACCAAAAGACCUCAGAAUGCACCUAAUUGAUUAUAAGAGUAAUAUCUUUUGCUUUCUGAGACACCUAAGUUGUCAUAAUAAAUUGAGCCUAGAAAAGCAAUUGAUUGUUUUACUAUUAAAACAACAUUCCAUAAGGGCCUUAUUUAUUUUCCUCUAAGUCAUCUUUUCUUUAACAUGCCUUUCCUUCAGACUUAAAAAAAAUACUUCUUUGAUAAAAACUACUAUUUAUUAUAAAACAUUCCAGUUUUUAAAAUAUAAGUUUUGCUUUAUUGAAAGUCUACCAUUUGGUAUAUUGAAUAUGAGAUGUAGUGCAGACUUCAGGUUUUAAGUGGGACCCAAAAAUGAAAAAUGCCACCAUCCACUUUUGUGACAGUGGCAUCUAUAAUGCCAUCAUGUAUGCAAGCAAUAAAAUUUUACAGGGUAGGAUUUUAUACUGAAAUUUUAAUGUGAACAUUCCUAGCCACAAUGAUAUAGAGAAUUAACUUCAGACGCUUUAACCUCUGCACCACGAGGGAAGCCCUCUAGGAGUGAUACUGUAAUUCAAAUUGCUCAUUUUAAGGAAAAGAAAGUAUAUGUGGCAGGGUUUGGGGUAGGGAUAACAUUAUUCUUGGGAUUCAAGUAACCAUCAAAAGCCUUUUUAUUUUUGCAAAGCGUCUGGAUGGUUUAAAAAAAAAAAAAAACAGUUAAAGCACAUCUGCACGACUUCAUCAGGUUACAUUUCAUUUUCCAUGAAGCUUAAUGUAGAUUGGUAUAUUUACUGGCUAAUGUAUGCAAAUUAAAAAGAAAAAAAAAUCCAAAUUUUUAAAACGUACCAGACCUUUUAUUGUCAUCUUUGUGGAAACAAGAUUUGUCCCCCUCUAAAUUUUAGAUCUCAUUUUUGGUUAUACCCAAAGCCUUAAGUUCUUAUUCUGAACUCAUUGUCUGUGAUAACUGUAAUAAUAAUCUUUCUGGGCUGAGUAUAUCCUGAGGAGAAGGUAACAAUGGGAACAAAUAAACUUCUAGGGAACAAAAGGUUUUUGUUGUUGUUUUGUUUUUUGUUUUUGCAGGUAUUCUUGCUGUAUUGCAGAAUAGAAAAUUUUGUCUACAUUACAUAAUGUUCCUGUUAGAGCCUCUAAGAUUAAAAGCACAUGGCAUAUAUAUGCUAAAAUUAAUUCAGAAAGCAAAAAUAUCUUAAUGUGUUAAUUUUUAAAUUUUAUAUUCUUUAAGAAUAUAUUAAUAUGAAAUUUGUGUCUAAUGUGUUCUUAUUCUUAGGGCUAUAUUGAACAUCUAUAGUGGAUCAUGUUACUUUUUCAUCCUCAUCCAAUUUUAUUAGAAUCAAAUUGCUUUUUAUUUUAAUACUAUUAUUUACUAUAGAGUCUCCAGAUUUAGAAAAUAGGGGUUGAUGUAGAAAGACUACUAGAUAUACUUUUGAAACCCAUUCUGUGAGUUUAUGCAUACAGGUAUAUAUGUAAAAGCACUGUUGAUUUCAAAUUCUGUUUUUCCAUAGGAAUAAAAUUUUUAUAGAAAGUAUUCUUUUUAACUUAAAUAUUUUAACAUAAAUUAUAUAUAUGGAUUUUUAGUAAAAUCUAUUCUUAUGUAUGCCCUGUAAUCAUGUUGUCAUGAGAAGAUAACUUUGCUUUCUUUACUGAUAUGGCAGAGAGGAAUAUGAUUCGGAAUUGAAACAAGCAAGUACGGACAGAAAGGUGGACAGAAAGAGACUCAUGGUCUCCAAAUCAAAGCAAUAUAUCUAAGAUAAAUGAAAAUUACUUAAACUGCAGGGGGUGUAUAAACUAUAAGAUGCAAAUCUAUGUAAUUGCACACUCAUAGAUCUAUUGCACCUGGGCCUUUUACCUUGACCUCUAAAUUAUACCACUAGUAUCUUGUCUUUGGGCUUCCCAGGUGGCUCAGUGGUUAAGAAUCCACCUGCUGAGCAGGAGAUGUGGGUUCAAUCCCUGGGUCAGGAAGAUCCCCUGGAGAAGGAAAUGGCAACCCACUCUAGUAUUCUUGCCUGGGAAAUCCCAUGGACAGAGGAGCCUGGUGAACUAUAGCCUAUGGUGUUGCAAAGAAUCAGACACGACUUAGCAACUAAACAGCAACAAUCAUACUAUUACUUUCUUUUCCUUUUAGACUUAAAAAAUAAUAAUAAUACUGUUGGACCAUUUUCUGCACUGUUUAAUGACAUUAAAAAAAAUUGCUCUAAAGUCAGUCAUGGUCUGUCUUCUAAUUUUUGGACUGAACAUUUGGCAGGAAACAGUGACUUUUCUGUCUUUUGAAAUAAAAUAGCACAUGACUUCUACAAGAUAGUUAACUCAUUGUGAGUCACUGAGAGUUACAUGAUGUUUACCCCUUCCUAAAAUUCAUUAUAGAUUGAAUUAGUGAGAUUAGGUAGACUAGUGAGAAAUUAAAUCAAGAAAUAUUGUAGCAUAUUUGAAUAAGUGAAUACCAAAUACAUAGAGUGAGAUAUAUAUACAUUAAUAUAUAGGUUUGGAAAAAGACAUAAUAGUCUAUGGGACCAUUAUGAUAACAGAAUUGCAUUAUAUAUUACAUAUUAUAUGGAUGUUGGAAUGUAUCACUUGGGGAAGGUCUCUAUCAGCAAUUAUAUCUGUAUAUAAAAUUUGGGGGAUUUUGUUUGUUCUACAAACUAGCAUUUCAUUUUGUGAGUGACAAUUGACUGUUAUAUUUGAAUAAGUGCUAUCUGGGUUUUUGAAUUGUUGAAUGAUCAAUUUGAAAAGGUAUGUUAGCAAAAUUUUAGAGUUAACUCAAAUGUGAAAAAGUGUACACAAAAAGUAAGUUUUCUUUUCUAGCUGUAUGAAUGUAAAAUACUUGCAGAUACUGUAUAUAUUGUGUAAAUAUGUAUAUUUGGUCAGAGAGCUGGAAACAUUGUAAAAUUAAGCACUUUAAUUCUUAUUAAAUAAACACUUGUAUCUUGUAAAUAAAUACAUCCUUGAAUGAA